AUGAAGCUCCAGACUGCAGCUCUGAGCCUUGUGUUCCUCCUCACUCUGCUCUCAUCUGAGUGCUGGUGCAGGAACGAGGAGGAGCGUCUGAUUAACCACUUAUUUAAGGAGCGUGGAUACGUUAAAGAGCUUCGGCCCGUCGAGAAACAGCAGGACGCCGUCAAAGUUUACCUCGCCCUCACACUCUCCAACCUCAUCUCCCUGAAAGAAGUGGACGAGACGCUGCUGACGAACGUGUGGAUUGAUCAUACAUGGUACGACUAUCGGCUGACCUGGAAUACGACAGAGUUUGAUGGCAUCGAUACUCUUCGCCUGCCGCCCAGCAUGGUCUGGCUACCGGAGAUCGUGCUGGAAAACAAUAACGAUGCCCAGUUCCAGGUUGCCUACUACAGUAACGUGUUGGUGUAUUCCGACGGUCUCUGUUACUGGCUUCCUCCUGCCAUCUUCCGCUCCUCUUGCUCCAUCAACGUUAACUAUUUCCCCUUUGACUGGCAGAACUGCACGCUCAAAUUCACCUCUCUGACGUAUAACGCCAAAGAGAUCCAGAUGCUGCUGAAAGAAGAAGGGGAUGGAGAGAAGACAUGGACGGUGGAGUGGAUCAUCAUUGAUCCUGCUGGUUGGACAGAGAACGGAGAGUGGGAGGUCCACCACCGGCCGGCUAAGAGGAACACCUAUAAGCACAUUCCCAUAGAGAGCAACAAGCACCAGGACAUCACCUUCUACCUGAUCAUCAAACGCAAGCCUCUCUUCUACAUCGUCAACAUCAUCAUCCCCUGUGUGCUCAUCUCCUUCCUCGCCUCGCUCGUCUACUACCUGCCAGCCGACAGCGGUGAGAAGAUGACGUUGUCCAUCUCGGUGCUGCUGGCUCAGUCUGUCUUCCUGCUGCUGAUCUCUCAACGGCUGCCGGAGACGUCCAUGUCUGUUCCUCUGAUUGUCAAGUAUCUGAUGUUUAUCAUGGUGCUGGUUACGGUUGUGGUGUUGAACUGUGUAGUCGUCCUCAACCUGCACUUCAGAACGCCGAGCACACACGUCAUGUCUGAGUGGACCAAGAGGUUCUUCCUCGAGCGCCUGCCUCGCAUCCUGCACAUGUCCCACCCCGACGAGCCGGAGCCGCACUGGGACGGGGCGUUGCCACGGCGAUCCAGCUCGGUGGGAUACAUCGCCUCGGCGGAGGAGUACUACAGCGUGAAGUCUCGCAGUGAUCUGAUGUUCGAGAAGCAGUCAGCGAGACACGGACUGACAGCACGACCAACUCCAGUUGCAGUGAAAAAGCUGCAGGAGGAAGGAGGCGUGACAGAGCAGCUGUACGGAGAGAUCAAGCCGGCUGUGGACGGAGCGAACUACAUCAUCAAACACAUGCGCAACAAGAACGACUACAACGAGGAAAAGGAUAACUGGAGUGGCAUUGCCCGCACGGUGGACCGCCUCUGUCUCUUCCUCGUUACCCCGGUGAUGACCUUUGGCACCAUCAUCAUCUUCCUCACGGGAAUCUGUAACCAUCCUCCGUCUCUGCCCUUCGCAGGAGACCCACACAACUACAGAGAGGAAAACCAACGCCUGCUGUAACACACACACGCACACACACACG